AUGGAUGUUAAGAAAAUGCUUGACUUAUGCAAUAAAGAGCGUGCCAAGGUCGGUGCUCCAGCUCUUAGUCAUAAUGAUGCUCUUUGUAAAGUAGCUGAAGAUCACAGUAAAUACAUGUCAAGCGCUAACCAACUUACUCAUGAUGAUCCUGCCGGGAGCUUGGGUACCAGAUUCGAAAAACAUGGUUACUCUUAUACUUGUGCUGGUGAAAGCGUAGCAGAAGGUUAUAGCGAUGAAGAUUCUGAUGCUGGUUUUGGUCGUGUUGGAAAUUACUGGACCCAAGACUUUGGUGCUACUAAUGGUAGUGGCGGCAAAGGCAACAGCAA